AUUUUUGAAAGAUGAGUGAAGCAUAAGCAGACCGUAUCCUAUCAAUUGCAAAUCAAGAGACAGUAAAUAGAUUAUUUAGAGUAUGCUAUAAAUAAAUUACAGGUUUGAAAUAAAUUUGACUAAUUAGGAUAAAGACCUGUAGGUAAAUUUUAAGAUGGUGAUCAUUAAGCUGUAUUGAAUUGCCACAGGAGACUUGUUGAAGUACUAAAAAUAGUUGCUCCUGCAAUUGUGCCUUUAAGAGAAGAAUGAUUUAAUUAUACAAAUUGUUAUCAUCAAAACCAGAAUAUUUAAUAAAUA